AUGGGAACCCAGCUCACCUACCUUAACGAGCCUAACAUGGAAAAGGAGAUAGAUGAGAACGAAAAUGAUGAAUAUGACGCAGUAGCCUGAUCCAUGCAAGGGUGGAGAACCAACAUGGAAGACGCACAUCUCCUCGAGCUUGAUUUCGAACCAGGGAUGCACCUCUUUGGCGUCUUUGAUGGACAUGGAGGCAAAGAAGUAGCUAUGUACGCAGCUAGAGAACUUAUUCAAACCUUCAAAGAUUCUUUUCCAAGCAAGGCUAAUCCAUUUAAAGGGUCUACUGUUGAUGAAGAUCUAUUAGAUCCGGACUCUGUUGAGCAAGCUCUCAUAAAUUCCUUUAUUGGGAUAGAUAAGAAGCUUUCCACCAAACAGGUCAAGAAGGAACUAAUGGAGAUUAGGAACAACAAUCCCGAAGGAAAGAAUCCUUUCCUAGAGCUACUCGGCCUCAGUGAUGAGAUUGAUAGAGGAAAAACUGAAGGAAUAAAUAUCUUUGACAGCAUUGGAUGCACAGCCAAUGUUCUCUUCAUUCAUGAAGGAAAAUACUAUUGUGCCAAUGCAGGUGAUUCAAGAUGAGUAAUUUCUCAGAGAGGAAGAGCAGUAGAACUUUCGCAAGAUCAUAAGCCUGAAGACCCAAUAGAAUACCAAAGGAUCACUAAUGCUGGAAGCGUCGUCGUUGAUGGAAGAGUUGAUGGCAACCUGAACCUGUCAAGGUCAAUUGGUGAUCUUCACCAUAAACAAAAGAAUCUUCCAGUUGAGGAGCAACCAAUAACCUGAGUUCCAGAUGUCACCAUCAGAGAUAUUGAUGAAGACGAUGACUUCAUCGUCCUUGCUUGUGAUGGUAUCUGGGAGGUGAAAGACUCUCAACAAGUUGUAGACUUCAUUGAUGAAAAGUUAUCAACAAAUACGGAUAUAGAAGACAUUGUGAAAGAACUCCUUAACGAAGUCUGCUCAGAAGACUGUAAUAAAGACCAAAGUUUAGGAUGAGACAACAUGACUUGCAUUAUCAUCAACAUCAAGCGAUAA